UACUGCUCAUAUGUCAUACAGUAAUAUUCAUCUCCACACACAGAUCAAAGUCAGUCUGACAGACAUCGACUAUAUUCCAUCUGUUUAUGUAGCUGUUUUACUGCUACAACAAUAUCUGUUGGAGGCGUUGUUUUGAGUUUACUCAGGCUAAUGGCGGGGAGUGUAUAUCUGAGUCUGGAACUGUUGGAAUCAGUGCAGCUCCCCAGCCAGUAACACCAGGCUUUAGGUUCCUCUACUAUGGAAACAUGUCAUUCUGUGAAACAAACGUACCCAGCUCGUAAUCGGCCUCCUCCUCCUCCAUAUAUCCGAAUAUAUUCAACGCUAGGGCAUUUAACUAGUACUCUAGAACAGUUGAAGUCUAAGGACAAAAUAAUUUCGCACCUCGAACGAGAGCUGGGUCGAAUAUCGGGGUAUGCCCUAUCAGUUGAGGAGGAGAAAGGGGUCCGGGCAGACGGAUUCAGGAAGAAAGUGGGUGUGACCGGGGCCCACCCCAGUAUGAAGAUGGAGGCCGAUUCCUCGGACAGACUUAGCUCCAGUCAAAACAAAUUACGCGAUGGCUUUGAGACCAAUGCAAAGAUAACAAAUAUUGAAAUAGUCUCCCCAGCGGACGGGGAGAAGAAGAGGGUCAUGGAAUCCUCAGAAGACUUGGAGACUGAGAUCCGAGGACUACAGAAUCAGAUCAGCUCACUGUCUCAGGACAAGGAGGAACUGGUAAGAGAACUGAGCAUUUUUGAAGAGAAGAACAGAGAGCUGAUAGAGAAGAACAAAAGGUUUCUGGAGAAGAACAAAGAGCUGACAUCAGUAGAACGAAGCCUGAAGGACCAAACCCAGAUGCUCACAGAAGACAGCAUACAGCUAAAAGAGCAAUGUGAACAUUCCAAACGCAAGAUAAGCCAGCUGACUCGUCAGUUAUACAAUGCAAAGGGUGAAUGCAGUAAACUUGCCUCUCAGCUUGAAGAGUUCGGUGAGAUAAGACAAACGCUGAUGGAACAAGACAAGACUGUUGCUGCUCUCAGGGAAUCCUGUUCUGAAAAGGACAGGAGAAUUGAAUUAAUACAGCACAGAAAGAAAAGAAGAAGAUUACUAAAGUCACAAGAAAAGUGUACGGGUGUGAAAGAGACGUUUUACGGGUAUGAUGAAGAUGACAGAUCGGUGGAUUCUGAAAACUCUCAGUCGUCGACAGUGUCGUUCGGAACUACCUCGGACUGUGAUCUGUGGGAUGAGCUGUCUCAUGAGGAGAUCAGCAAGAACUACCAGCGACUGAUGAAGGAGCACCAUGAACUGGAGAAAUCCUUCGCCUUGUUACACAGUCACAAGUCAUCAGUGCUGGACCCACAGCGGGAACUACAGAUGCGAAGUCAACUAGAAUCUGAUCUGUUUCAAGCUCAGUGUAGAAUAGAAGAGUUAGAGAACUCUGUACAAACAGAACAACAGAUGGAAGCACAAGAGAUGUUAUUUAUGACAAAUGAACUACUUUUGCAAAAGAACCAGGUGUAUGAGACGCAGUGUCAGAAACUGCAGGACAAACUGUCCAAGUGUCAGGAAACGAUAGAAGACCUGGAAUUCAGACUUCUAGAAUUGGAAGGCUGUCAGCACUUGGAGAAUCUUGAAUGUGGUCAAGAAGAGACAACUGCACAUAGAGAUGAUGAAGACUGCCCAGUGAGGAGUGGGGAGGAGGAGGAGGAGGAAGGAAUGGUGGACCGGUCGACUCACUCCGAGAUGUCGGAGUUACGCCAUGAGUUCACCAAGCUGCUGGAGGAGCAGGGGCUGGAAGCAGAAGUCAUCCUUCAGAAGCUGGACACGGUGAUCAAAGCUGAACAGCAAAUUAAGAGUCUGGAGUACACGGCAGUGGAACUUCAGCGUAAAGUGAGCAGUCUACAGGAGGAGAAGGCUGCCCUCGAGGAGAUGCUACUGACUCCUCGCCACAACGCGCCUCAUGCUACCAGUAACGAGAAGGAACGUGCUGACGUGCUCGCAUUAAAGAACCAGAUAGAAAUCCUAGAACAUUCCCAACUGAAAUUAAUGGCAGAAAACUCCACUCUACAAAAUGACCUUCAAAAAUGUGAGUCUCAGAAUAAUUGGAUUAAAAAGCAAAUGGAGGACUUGAAAAUCUCCAUGAAGCUUGUGUCCCGUGACUCUAGCAUGCUGACAGAUCUUGCAAAAUUCGAUAAAAACUCUCAGACAGAGCUGAAAACAACGGACAAGGGCGUGUACGUGAACUCUUCAACCAGCAAGAGUCAGAACAAUGAAGUUGUCUCCCUUGAGCAAAAGCUGCAGAUGCUGUAUGAAGAAAACCUGAAACUGAAGUGCAGGUUUGAAGAAAAAUGUCUUCUUGGUGAUGGCUCAGACCAAGCCCGUGUUGAGGAACUGGAGGAGUACUGCGAAGACCUCCAGGAGCGGAUGUCUAAUGCAGAAAUGUCGGAACGACAGCUCCGUGAGAAGCUGAAACUUGCGGAGCAUACAAUCAAUGACCUUGAGAAUUCUGAAGGUCAUUUCCGUGAGGCCCUCGACAAACUGACCUCAAGGGAGCAGGAGACGAGGAGACAGACACAAGAACUGCACAGAACUGUGCGAGAGCUCAAGGAGAUUGUUGUUGAUAAAGACAUUGUUGAGCAAGCUCUCAGGGACAAGGUUGAGUUUCUGGAGAAAGCAGAAGCUGAAUCAGCGAGAAUAAUAUCAGAUCUGCAGGAGUCGGAGAGAAGUCUCCGUCAGCAGCUAGAAUUACAGAGCGACCUCGAGGGAGAUGUCUACAUCAUGAAACAACUGCGUGAGGAGGUACACAGCCUGGAAAGUGAAAACAAAGAACUGCACAUGAACGUCGCCGAGUUGACGGAAAACGAAGAAAUCCUCCGCGACAACUGGCGACGAGUGGCGGACGAGGAUGCCAACAGACGACAGUGCCUGGAGGAGAAAGUCAAAAUGUUGCAGCUCAUGAACCACAAUCUGAAAGCGAAUCUUGAGGAUGUGAAAGAACAUUAUGCCUUCACAAGAAUCCCUCACGGCGCCUCCCUGGCAACAGAACUUUCAGCUUCCAAGUCAUGCGACAACAUCAACCAGUCAUAUUACUGUGAGCAGGACGUGCUGGAUGUGGAGGCCAGGAUGAAAAGCCUAGAGGAGAGGAAGGAUGCCAAGAUAGAGCAGCUGGAGGAGAAGAUAGAGAACCUGCAGGAGAAGAUUGGCAAUCUGAGGGAGAACGAAAUCAAGUUGAGUGAGACAUUGGCCGAGAUGGAAACCACCGAGCAGGAACUCAGGAUCAAAAUCUCUCUCUACGAGAGCAAACAGGUGACAGUGGAGCGCAUGUUGCGGUACGAGGAUCAAAUAAAAGAACUUCACACGUCUCAGGAAAACCUGCUGGACAAACUCGACUCUCUGGAAGACAAUGAGGAAACUCUGCAAGAGAAACUCGAAACAAUGGAGAAGAUCCACAAAGCUAAAGUUAACUCCCUUGAGAAAAAGAUGAAAUCCUUGCUAGAAGAGCGAGAGAAAGCCAAGUUAAAGAUCGAGGAAGUGGAAAAAGAGAUUGCACGCUUGCAGCAGAAGUGUUUGGACUAUACCAUUACAAUUGAACAGCUGGAGAAAGUACUUGUUGAAGCAAAAUCCAGAGAAGAGAAGGCAACAGCGGAAAUCUUGAAGUUACAACGGGAAAUCAAACAAAAAGAAUCAGAUGCUCAAAGCCAAAUUGAAAUUCUAAGAAAAGAGAUUGAAAACAAUAAAAUAAAUGCUAAAACUAAGGUUAGCAAGUUGGAAAACAGUAUCCGUGAACUCACAGAAAAGGAUGCAAGUUCAGAAGCAAAGAUUUUCAAACUUGGAAAAGAAAUGAGUGACUUGAAGGAAGAGAAGACAACUCUUGCUGCUAAAGUGUCAGAGUUGAAACUUCACCAGAAACAAAUUAUAGAUAAGUUGCAUGAAAGUCAGAAACAGGAACAGAAUUUACAAACCAAAUUGAACGGAAUGGAAAAAUAUGAACAAGAACUGAUGGAAAAAUUGUCAGAAAGUGAAAAAAAUGAAACAAGGUUGCUAACAAAAAUAUCUGACCUGGAAAAGAAUGCAGAAGAUCUGCAGCACAGUUUUAGAUGCAGUGAAAGUUCACUGAGCAACAAAGUGUCAUCACUGAUGAAGGAACUUACAGAUUCCAAUAGAAAAAAUGAUUCCUUGACCAAAGAAUUGAUGAAAAAUCAAACACAAGUGAAAGAAUAUUUAUUAAAAAUUCAAGAGCUUGAAUCUAGAGAAAAAGAAUUAACAGAUUUGGUAAACAGUCUCCAAGAGAGUAGAAAUAACAGUUCUUUACAGUUAGAAAGUAAGAUUAAAAUGAUUGAACAGGAGGAUGAACGCAGAACAGCCAGGAUUAAUGAGCUGGAGCAACAGGAGGAAAAUACAAAAGCCAAAAUAGCACAACUUGUUCAGAAAUGCCACAAAUUAGACGUCCAUGUUGCUGAGUUGGAAUCACAAAAACGUGAUCAACAGAAUAAAAUUAAAUCACUUGAAAUGAAUCUUCUUGAUUUUGAAGAGACAAACAAAAAUGCAUCUGAAAGAAUAAACUCUCUUGAAAAGAUUCUGUUGGAGUAUGAGGAAACUGUUGUGGAGAAUAACACACAGAUAGAAAAUCUAACGGCUGAGAACAAAGAGUUCACAGAAAAGUGUUCGGAAUUGGAAAGUACUUUGGAAAACCGCGAAGCUGUGAGGGAUCUUCUCAAAGGCCACAUUUCUGAUCUGAAAAAAGAUGUCAACAUUAAAAGUGACAAGUUGGAAAAACUGGAGAAGGAGUUGAAAGAAAAGACAUCGAAGAUUUUGUCUUUGGAAAGCAAAGUCGGCGAUCUGAGUGUUCAGUAUGAGAAUGUUCAUACACUGAACACCUCGGUAGACAUGGAAAAGAAAAAUCUCCAAGAACAAGGUCAAAAUCUCCAGAAAAAGUUCGACCAGUGCAAACAGGAGGUGCACAAACUUACUGCAGAAAAAUCUGAGUUGUUGAAAAAUGUCUUUCAUUUUAAACAUUUAACAGAAUCUUUGGAAAAGGAGAAAAGUAAGAUUAAUGAGCAAAUUAUAAGCCUUCAAAAUGAGAAGAAACUUCUAGAACAAAAGGUUUUUGAAUUACAAAAGAGAACUGAAUUGUUAGAUGCUGAAAGGUCAGAGUUGAUAAACAAGGACAAAACUGAACAUGAAAACUUGACAUCUUUGACGCUGACAAAUACGGAAUUACAAGGUGACAUUCUAAAACUAAAACAGAAGAAUGAAACACUAACAAUAGCAGCAGAGGAAUAUGCAAAGAAGUGUGAUUCUGUGACGUUAGAAAAUGACAAUAAAAAAUUGAAAAUCUGUGAACUGAAAACUGUCAGUGAAAACCUAGAGAAAGACCUUAAGACAGUUCAUGAGAAAGAAAGUUUGCUUGCAUUCGAAAAUAAAGAUUUAAAAACAAAACUGAAUAACUGUGAAAAAGAACUGAAUGAUCUAACUUACUCUAAAGCUUCCCUGGAAACUGAACUUCAUAACCUGCACUCUGUUGUCGAAUCUCUGAAAAAAGACAAAGACAAAUUUCAGUCUAGUGACAAAUAUUUCCAAGAAGAAAAACGAGAAGUCCAAAAUAAGUUAUCCUCUGUGCACUCGGAAAAGGAAAGCCUAAGUCACCGAGUCAGUGAGUUGGAAUCUGAGAAAAGUGAACUGGAGAUGAAGAUGAAACAGUUGCUGGUAGAUCUGGAAUCCAGUCAGAAAGAAAACUGUCGUCUGAAUGUCUGCAUUGGUGAAUUAAAGAAAGGCCACCUUCAGCUUGAGGGAAAGAUGAAACAGGUGGAUCAGAAGAACCAGGAACUGGAGAAAAUGGUCACCAACUUCAACAAUAAUUGUUCUGUCAUGGAGAGGAAGAAUCAAAUAUUACAGGAUGCUGAACAGCACUUCAUGGACAGAGUUACAGAACUAGAGGAGAUAGAACAAACACUGAGAAUGGAAUGUGACCAGCUUAGGAGCAGGCUAGUUUCCAAGGUAACAAAAGAAGUCUCAACAGAAACACUUGGUCACAGGGAGCCAACUUCAGUACGCCGCUGUGAAACACAGGAUUCCUCCACAGACACUUCAGAUCUGAAAGAUUCAUCUACAGGUCUGAGUGUAUGUGGAGGAAGGGUAUCAACCAUGUUCACACGAGUCCAGGACUUGGAGACUGAAAACCGCCAGCUGUUAGCUAGACUUACAGAACUGGAAUCCAUCAGUGUGCAGAAAAAACAGCUGAGAGAGAAGAAUCGCCUUCUGGAACAGUCUGAGGACAAACUGAUGGAGAGAGUCAUGGAGCUGGAAGAAGGGGAAGAAAGGCUAAAAGCAGAGUUGGAAAGAAUGCGGAAAAAUUCUGGAUCAGUUGGCGACUUGGAAGUUGAACUGAGUAAACUGAUGAAAUCCGAGAGUGAGUGGAAGAGUAAAUGGAGUUCAGUGGUUGAAGAUAAGUGUGCUCUAGAGGAAUCAAUGCACAAGCUGGAGCAGGAGUUGGAAACACAAAGAAGUAAUAAUGAUAGGUUGAUGGUGCUUGAGAAGGAGUUUAAAGAGAAAAUGGAUGAAUUUGGGAAUGAGAAAGAAAGAUUGGAGAAAGUGGUUCAUGAGUUGAGAAGUGAACUUGAAGCAGAGAAACUAAAUGUGAAAAAUCUUGAAAAGUCCACGUCAGGACUGGACAGUGUUGUGAAGGAGAAGAAUGUCUUGUCAGCAAGAGUUGAUGAUUUAAAAUCAAAAUUGUUCUCGGCAAAGAAACAGUAUGAAGUAGCAGUGUCAAAAUCAGAAGAACAGCAAAGGGAAUAUGACCUUCAGUUUUCAAGGCUCCGCGAAAAACUGUCUGAAUCUGAACACAUCAUUGUUGAUCUGCAGAAAAGUAAAACAAGCAUGGAAGAUCAUGAAAAGAAACUUAAGGAGGAAAUUAAUCUCUUAGUCAGGCGUGAGGGAGAAUUGAAAGGUGAGAUUCAGAUUCUUGAAACCGAGCUGACAGAAGUCUGUGAUAAGAUCAGAUGUCUGGAAGAUGACAAUUCCAGCCUAAAUAAACAAUGUCAUGACCUUGUUCAGAAACAGCAGAAGUCCGAGGAACUGAUAAAGAACCUGAACAUGGACUUGGAGCAAUUCAGACAGAAACCUCUUUCUAAAUCUGUGCUUCCUAAAAUUGGUAGUGCUUUCCUCACACCAGCUCCUGGUACCCAGGCCAGGGAUGGUGUGAGCAAACCUCACCAGCUUGGUGCUAUGAAGGCAGUGUCAUCACUGAGAAGUCGAAGUGCAUCCAUCGGCGUUGCCCAGUCGGAUGAAAAAGUCUUUCAGGAGAAGGUAAAAUUAGAAAGUGUUGCUAAGCAGCAAGAACAAGAACUUAGAGAGAUCUCACAGAGGUAUGAAAUACUUCAGAGGAAGGAGAAGGAACACCAAGAAAAGAUAACUGAGCUUGAAAAACACAAUUCUGAACUGCAGCAAAGACUUGGUGCAUCUGUAGGACAGAUUUCAAAGUUACAAAAUAGUGCUUCCUCAUCAGAUGCCAAAUCUUCAGAUGACACACCCUGUGCUCUUUCAAUUCAGAGUCAUCGAACGGAUAAAGGAUUUGUGUCGGUAACUCAUUUAAAUAUUGUUAAUUCUCACGUGCUUCCUGUAAAUCAGACCAGUAAACCAAGUGCUCAAACACCCCCUGUGCUUCCUACAAGACGCAGUAGUCAAGGCAGUCUUACACAAGAUUCCUCUGUUGAACAGAGAAUUCAAGAGCUGGAAAUGAAACUAGAGAGUGAAACCAAAAGAACUGUACAUCUUCAAACUGAGCUUGAACAGUCCAUGAAAAUAAGAAAUAGUUUAACUCAACGAAUUACUGAAUUUGAACAUUCUGAACAUCUGUUAAAGAACAAAGUCUGUGAUCUUCAGCAAAAAUUGGAUGAGCUAAACGAAAAGCUUGCAUCAGCCGAGAAAUCGCCGUCAUCAGUGAAGUGUGAUGGUAACCACAUCAUCUUCCUCACGAGGAUCCAGCAGCUGGAGGCGAGAGAGAAGUCAAACUCUGCUAGGAGUGACCAGGAUGCCGACCAGUCGCAGAAGCCUCUGAAGCUGAAGAUCAAGUCUUUUGAGCAGAAAGGUUUGGAGCAGACGGCCACGCAGAAGAAGGCGGCGGCAGCCAUGUUGGAUAAACCAGAAGACAUCCUGCAGCAGCAGAUCAGGGAGCUGGAGAGAUUAGAGAAACAUCAGAAACAACAGAUCAAUGAUCUCGAAGCAGACCGUGAGCAUCUACAUGAAAUUGCCAGGAAGGACAAAUCUCUGAUACACGAGCAGAAUGUUCGAAUCCGUGAGCUCCAGCUUGGCGAGAAGGUCCUGCGUGAGCAGGUUGCCAACUAUGAACAGUCCGAGAGAGCCCUGUACUGCAAGUGUGAACAACUCGAGGCGCAGGUGUCCAAGAUGGAGGACCGCAUCCACGAGCUGAACAUCCACGAACGACGUCUCCGAGAUCUUGUGAGGAAGCUGAAGCUCGACGAAGAGCUAUGGCUGGCCAAGUCCGAAAACAUGGAGCUCACCGUUGAGGAGCUAUCGGCGUCCGAAGCCAAUCUGAAGGCGAGACUGCAGGAGCUUGCUGAGGAGAAGUUCGGCUUGGCCGAGAAAGCCAAUUACCUCGACGCACGCAUCAAGGAGCUCGAGAUGUCGGAAACGGCCCUGUUCCAGCGGGUUAAGAAUUACGAACACUUCGAAGCCAGCCUUCAUUCGGAGUUCUCACAGCUGGAGAACGCCAAAGUGGCGGCUCAGAGUAAAGUGUCCGAGCUGGACUUGAUGAACAUGGAUAUGUCUCAGAGGUACCAGAGAGCUGUGGAGGAGAACACGGUGUUUCUCAAACAUGUGCAGGAGCAGCAAGGGCUGGUCCAGGAUCUCAGCCGACAGCUGAUGGUUGUCAGGGACAGCGAGCUGUGCCUGAAACAGCAGGUGGAGAGUCUGGAGAAGAGCGAGACGACGCUACAGAAACGAGUCAAGGAGUACCAGUUGAGGGAAAUCGACUUCCAGUCGCGGAUUCAGGAGCUCAGACAGUCGGAGCUGAUUCUGAAGAAUCGUGUCAACACAUUGCAGCGAAAUGAUACUAAGAUGAAGUAUAGGAUUCAGGAACUGGAGGACAAUGUCUUUCAGAAUGGACAAGAAACAUGCCAAAAGGAGGCCAUGCCUCAGAAGUUGGAAGAUUGUCAGAAACGGAUCCAAGUCCUACAGAAGCAGCUAGAGAUGCUGGAGAACAGAGGUCAGUUGCGGCUCGGUAUUUCCCAGGACGGAGAUAUCAUCAAGGUGCCGAGGACGGAAUUUGAGAAGAUGGAGACGAAGGUGGCGCUGCUCGACAACGCUGAUGUCCAGAUGGGUGAGCUACAGAAGGUGAACGCUCACCUCAAGGACUCACUCUCUCAGCUUCGUCAGGGCAAGGAUGUGUCUGGUGACGAGGUGGAGCUAGAAGCAUACCGGAGACGACUGCAGUCGUACGAGGAGCUGGUGCAGAGACUGAAGCAGAACCUCUCACAGGAGCAGGUUACCUCUUUGUGGGACUCUGAGUCAAAUGAUCAGGGUCCCUCGAUGGAAAUUCUUCCGAAACGGAAUUUACAAUUUCUCGAGUCAGAGAGGGUAAUGCAGACAGUCCGAGGCUUGACAGGGAAACAACCCAGUUCCGGAGAUAGUCCGCCCCGGAACUCAUUACACGGUGUGUCGUCAACAUCUAAAGUCGACGAUGUCGAAGAAGAUACUAUUGAACCGAUUCAAGGCACUUCACUGUUCCGCAAAUCUGAAGCAGAUACUGAAAUGGAUGAGGAACCUCAGAUAUCUGUUGCCCAGAUUGUGAAAAAACUUGAAUCAGGCGACGUAGAGACGCCCACCGAAGAGGAACAUUGGAAAACCAUUGAGUCAAUGAACACUAACACAGUGGAAGCGACUCCUGUUUCGAGUGGAUGGAAGAGUGUUGCCAAGGCAACAUCUUCUGGUUCUCCAAAGAGUUCCUCUAAACAAGAAGAGUUAGUCAUUGGUCUCACGCUCCAGUCGGAGAGCGAACUAAGCCAUUCGCGUUCACAGAAUGACAGUGAUUCUACCGUGUCAAGCCCACACUUCAAGAGAGCAAAACGAGCCACUGCUCGCCAAGAACCCAGCACCGAAUCUACAGCUCCACCUCUGCCAAAAACACGGCCGCCAUCUUUGUCAAAGAUGAAAGUUUUCGCACAGGGAACGUCCUACUAUCUGCCGAGUUUGGGACAAGACGCCAGUGUCGAUGAGAGUCUGGCCAAUGAGAGUGUCAGACAACAAAAUACUGUCACUUCAUUGGAUACAUCUUCAGUGCAGACAUCGAGAACGGCGUUAUCAUUGGACAGUGUUCCUGAUAGUGGACGAGGCACAGCGUCGACGUCACGAGGCAACAUCAGGGAUAGAAUAGCUCAAAUAGAAAGGCACUUACAGGGAAAAGACAGUAGUGCAGAAAGUAGGAUAGAUGAUGAUGACAGUGUUUUUACAUGGUCAAAGACGUCAGAAAAGAGCAGACAACUGGAGGCCUCUGAAACUGAAGUGAAGCUGCAAAAAGAUGAGCACCCCCCUGCUUACCGCCGGCGCCAAAAGAUAAAUAAAUUAGAAAAAGAGUUAGAAGAAAAAAGAAGACAUAUAGAAAUUUUAGAAAAUUGGACAUUCAACAUUGAGAAGAUGCUGAAAAAUAAGGACAAGCGAAGUGAUCGCAACAUUGUACAGACUAUACAGACUGAGACAAUCAAACUGAGAUCUGAGUUACGCACAUCACACUACAGACGAGAAGAGCUGCUUCACGACCCGGCAGCCUUGAAAACUGAACUAGACAAUCGAGACCGGGAACUAGCUGCUAAGAAAAUCUUGAUAGAUUCACUAACACAAGAACUGCAUCAGUGGAAACAAGAGUGUCGAAGUAUCGACGACAUGCGAGCGAACGCACUCGACUCUCUGCGGUGUCUGGAAAUGGAGGUCAUGGACCUACAGGACACAGAACAACAACUUCAACAGAUGAACAUCGAAUAUAACAAGCUAAGAAAACAGUAUGAUGACUUGGAAAAACUAAAGCAAAAUUCUUCUGAUGUUGCUGCACUGCAGACACAAGUAGCACAACUUGUUCAGGAAUGUAAAGAAAAAAAUGAACUGAUCCAACAGCUUAUGAAAGAACUUCAGUCAUUAAAGCAAGGGGAGACCACUCCAUCUUUGGUUGACAGAGUUACACAUCUUGGUACAGCAGACUCGGAACAUUACAGACAGCUGACACCAUUGAACGCACCAGUUUCAAUUGUUAUAUCACCAGCCGAGAGAAGUCUGGAAACUCCACCUCAGAACACACAGCCAAUGUCCACCUCCACCCCGGUGAGACGAUCGAAUGGAAAUGUUCAUCACACAUCGAUGACUCAGACACCCCCGCAGACCAGCGUGUCGUCUGCCACUCAGACAACGCCGAGACAGCAGCGACUGUCACCAAAAAGUGCUACUCCCCAACCACCAAAGAACUUCCGCAUUUCACGCCUUAUUGGAAACACUGGCAUAAUGUUAUCAUGGCAACCAGUAAAGUUAAUUGAAGAUGAGAACAGCAACAAUUCAUUUGUGACUGGAUACAGGCUAUUUUUGGAUGGGAAGAUCUGCCAGCAGAUUUGUAAUGCCCGCACUUCAAAAACUGUGAUAGAGAAUGUUGAUGUCAGUGAACCUCAUCACUUUGCCAUACAGACGGUGACAGUGAAUGACCAGACGUCGUCAAGGGUUGAGUUGAUUUACGAGGGGGUCGUGGAGGUGCCACCAGGGGGCGACAGUGACGGAGGCUCGUCUCUCGACACAUCUAUCAUCUCCAGCCUUCAUUUUGACGAGAACUACAAACGUUUGUUUAUGGGUGUUUACGACUACAACCCCCAGAAGCAACCCGACCAUUACUCAAAGUACGAGCUGACAUUCCGAGCUGGUGAUAUUAUAGCUGUCUAUGGUGGACAACGGCCUGAUGGGUACUAUCACGGCGAGAUUGAUGGAAGAAGAGGACUGGUGCCAAGUGGUUUUAUAGAGGAAGUACCGCCCAGUCGAAAGUUUUCACCGAAUUCUCUUUCCCCAUCACCAAGUCCUCGACCGCUGCAGUCUCGAAGCCCUCGCAGCCCUCACAGUCCUCGCAGCCCUCACAGUCCUCGCACUCCAGAAAACCGACGGAGGACAUCACGAACGUGACACAUUAAUUACAAGUUGUGUUAAUUAUAAAACUGUUGUACUGCAAGUGAUCCAGAAGUGAAAAUGCAAAUGAAGUUCAGUCAGACCGCUUCCAUACAUAUCCACAGAGAGACAGAUUUUUAGUUGAUAAUUUAACUACCGCAGAACCAGAAAUUCAGUCUUAAAUGCUACAAACUGGAAAUGUGAUUGAGAUACACAGAUGCAGCAAAAAUGCAUUUGGACUUCCAGACUCUUAAGACUAUAUUUCAAAAUUACCAAAUGUUUGGCAUCCAGUAGCCGAUGAUGAAUAAUUCAAUGUGCUCUAGUGGUGCCUUUAAAGAAAACAAAAUAUAACUGGACUUCCAGUCAACACAGGAUGCAAGAGUCACCAAGAAAUAAAGAGACUAAUAUAUCAGAUAUUCUAAAAUGCACCACAACAGUUCAAUACUAUUUCAUGAUUGAGGUGUUAGAGAGGUGUCUGGUUAUCUGGCAUUAAUACCACGGUAUAUAUACCAAGUGAAAUGUAUAUACCUGUGAUUCAUGAAGUAACCAAAAAGUCUCAGCAUUCGAAAAUUGAUGUAAAAACAUACAGGCUUUAUUCAUAUUGCUGUUAUAUAGGUCUAGAUAAUUUGUGUGCAGUUUAAAUUACUCAGUAUUUCCCCCAUCAGUUAAAGCUAUAAAUAAAAGUGCGUAUUAUUAUAUCCUAGCUACAUUUGAUAAUAUUACUGAAACAUUUUUGGUUGAAGUUUCUUAUUUAUUGUUUACCUGGGAUUUUUUAAUGCUAAUGCUAAUAUUUAAUCACCAUAAUGAGCAAUUUGUGUUUUUGCUAGUGGUGGCAUAAAUACCUUUUGUGAUUAUUAUUUAGUACAUGUAUUGGCAUGGAAUAUAAAUAUAUAGUAGCUUUUAUAUAAUGCUGUUGACACUGUUCAGCGUUUUGGUUAGUUAUUUGAAGGUAAAAUGCCUCAUAUUUAAUGAUACUUUGUCCAUUGGUUGAAUACCGUAUUUUAUGGAUUGUUGAUUGUCAGCUUGUAAAUACAUUGUGAAACGAAUCAUAAUCCAUUAUAAGUUAAAUAGCAUAAUACCGCAUGCGCUUCCAAAUCUACAGACUGAUCAACAAUUUGUGAAACCCAUGCCAACAUUGAUUACAAGUCGUGUGUUUGGCCAUAGGACAUUUGUAGCAACUAUUUUAGGAUGUGUGGACAAAUGUAAUUUUGUCAGCUAGUUGUGAAAUGAAAAAAGAAACAAAAAAAGAUUGCUUCAUAAUUAGUCGAUAUAAGUUUUAUACAUCUUUAAUUUCAUUAAGUAAAAAACCCAAAACAACAAAUAUAUUUUUAAAAAUUGAAAGAAAAAUUGGAUACAUCAGAAAUAGUUAUUUAAAAAUGAAAACUGAUUUAGCACUGUGUGCUUACCUAAUACAACACAUUUGAAAAAUGUGCAUUCAUAUGUGAGAUAUGGUAUAAAAACCUGUAUAAUUUUUACAUCAAUUUGAAAAUGAUACUUCAGCAGCUGUGGACAAGGUUUGUUUAUUCAUUUGGAAGAUCUUAAGUUGGUUAUCUCAGCAUAUAAUCUAUAUCUGAGAAAAUGAAAUAUGUUUCAGUUUAGAAAAUCAUUUCACCCCCCACUCCAAUAUGGAAUACUGUAUACACGUCUGUAGUUGUGCGCAAUUUGCAGUCACUUCUCUCAAUGUUUGUGAACUUUUCCAUUGUUCUUAUCAGUUUCAGCAUCAAACGAAAAUGUUGAAUCUUCUAUCACAAGUUGUAUUGUGAAACAUUGUUAUGCAUAUUCUCAUUAUUACAAUUUUUGGUGCCAAUUUUAUUUAUUCAUUCCAUUAUUAAUAUUGGUUUGAUGUUAACGACCAAUUUUUCGCGAAGAGAAGAAAAACCAUGCAUAUAUACUCAUUACACCCAAUCUCUAGCAUAUUCGUGAUCUCGUUCUAUCACUGUGUAUAUAUAUUUUGUACGUCUGAACAAAGACUCCCUAUUUAUUUGUAGAUAUAUUCUAGUCUAGUCUUAUUAUUAUGUAUUACACAACGAAACAGACCCAUUUCCUGAGCCAAAUAUCAAAAUAUUUAUACUGUUAAGGUGUGCUUUGAUGAAGUGUAAUCUAAAAGUUGAAAUGUACUGUAACACACUUGUUUUUUUUAAGUUUGUAUCGUUAUUCAUGAAAUCAUCUUAAUGAAGUGUAUCAUUGUUUAAAAUAUUGGUUAUUUAAGGAAACGAAGCCAAGUAUACCAAAGCAAUCCAUAUAAUGUUUAUUUCACACUGUGGAAUGUAUUACUAUGCAAAAAAAAACAAGUACUCACAAAAGAUGUUUUGUUUCAUAUACUUUAUUACAGCAAGUUACGCAAGAAAAUUAAAAGAUUACAUUUAA